AUCUACAGGUCACAGAGGGGUUGGUGUGAGAGCUGGUGCCAUGGGAGAGUUGGUGUUACAUAUUUUCCAGCUGUUCAGGGUGAACUGGGCAGGUAUGCUGCUGGUACGUUGUACUCGCUGCCACUGAGUGAACGCGUGGGAAGGGGAAGGGUGGAGUUCCUCAGCCACGGGGCGGGCUCUCUCUGUCGCCACUCCGCUAUAAGAGGAGCUUCUGGUCCUUUAGGAACAGUUCUGUCAAUAUCGGUUCCCUUUCACUUCAGUCCCCGCUGCUCCUCUCUCUCCCUCUCUGUCUCUCUGUCGCCGGCAUGGCUGAUCCGCACCGUACUCGUACUCGGGGGAGCCGGCACAGUCGGCUCGGGCAUCGUUAAAGUUCUGCUGGAGAAAGGCUUCCGUGUGGCAGUGAUAUCCAGAGAUGCAGCCCGAUUAGAGAAGGUGAAAAAUUUUGUUCCAGCCACGACAAGAUCCAGGCUUUUUACACUGGUUGGAGAUGUAGGUUCCGAAGAGGGUGCGGAAGCAGCAAAAAGCGCAGUGCUGAAGGCUGUUGGGACGGUGACCGAUAUUGUGUCAUCCCUCGGCUUCAGCUGGUGGCAGGGUGGACCCCCCCACACUCAGACACUCGAAGAACUCAAUCGGGUCCUGAACACCCUGUUGCUAAGUACUUUCACAUCCUGGAAGGCAUUCUUUCCGCUGGUUAAAGAUAACCCCCAGGGAUCAUAUACAUUUAUAACUGGUGGAGCAGGGGAGCGACUGUUGAUGCCUGGAACGGGUUUCUUGACCCUCGGAGCUGCGGGAGCCCUUGCCUUCUGCCAGGUUGUUAGAGAGGAGUACCCUGAUGUCCCCUGCAAGCUGAACGAGGUGAAGUUCAACAUGGGUGUGGCAACUCCUGAUCGGAUGGCUCCUGGAUUCGUCAAUCACAUGGAUGUCGGUGAAGCACUAGCCACUAUUUUGGAGAAGUCAUCUGCUUCCCAUCACGUGUUUUGUGUAAAUACCCCAGCUGAGCUCAAAACCCUGAUUGUGGAAGGGAAAGUUUGAAAGUAAAGACUCUACAAGCCUGUGGACCAAAUCAGCAUUCUGUAUUGCAUGUAUAGUUUAUUUUAAUUUGACAGUCCUUUAACUCUCCAGUGGUGUGCACUUUACUAUAGAAACCAGUGAUGUGUCCAUCCAUGCAUGCGCUGAUCCUUGCAGUAACACUAAACCAGAUUAAGAUUCAAAGUUAUCUUGGUUUUGUUGAAUGCCUUAAUAUAGCACUUAGAAUAAGCAAUUUGGCCUCACUAGUUCUUGCUAGCAUUUGUCCUUCACCUGAGCUUCAACCUAUAUUUCCUCCUCUACGUCUAUGAAGGGUCCCGACAUGAAUCAUCGCCGAUCCAUGUAUUCUGGAGAUGCUGCCUGACCUGCUGAGUUCCUCCAGCAGUUUAUGGUUUUUACCCCCUUACACCCUCUUAACAUGCUUGCCCAGCCCCCCUGAGAUGGAUGCAUACAAAUCUUAUCAGCCCUAUGGUAAUGAGCUCUAUUUUCUCACCAGUCUUUGGGCUCAGAAGCAAUUUUGAGUUUUCCAUUGUCUUUCUUGGAGAUGGUCUUCCAUGGAUCAUCUCUGGAUAGACUGUCCGCAUCCAACAAAUUAAAUUGUUUUCUCUGCAUCUACUCAGUUCAAAACCUGCAUUGUGUUAAAAACCUCUGUCAGGCCACAAUUUCCUUUAUCAUGUAUCGAUACACUGUAAAUGGCUCGAUUGUAAUCAUGCAUUGUCUUUCUGCUGAAUGGAUAGCACGCAACAAAAGCUUUUCACUGUACCUCGGUACACGUGACAAUAAACAAAACUAAAUUCAGCCAUUUCUCGAGCAAAGUGGCCCUAUCAUCAGUUUAGAUAUGUUUGCAGUCUAACCUUCACUUGUUGGUUACAGUUUCAGCAGUUUCAUUUACACAUUUACAAACUUUCAAAGGAGUUAAAGCUGGAUCUGGGCUGUACACUGACAGAGUAGUGAAGAAAUGGCCUCAUCGAUCUAUUGUUGAACAGUGAUUUGUUUUUGCUGAAAACAACUAUAUUCUUCAGUAACAAAUGCAUUGUUAUCUUCACAUUGAGUAUCUGCAUUUCAAAUCCUGCAACAUCAGAUCAUCAGGUUGAAAUUGAAGACUAGACUGUAUUUGCCACAGCUAAAUGGAAGAAUAUUCACUGCAAUGCCUGGAGUAUUUACAAUUCUUGUGUUGCAUUUACUCGUUCAUUGGAUAGUGCAGGAACACAGUAAAGCCAUAUUCAAUAUCAUUUUUAGUCUUGAUCACAAGUAAGUAAGUAAGUAAGUAAGUUUAUUGGCCAAGUAUUCACAUACAAGGAAUUUGCCUUUGUGCUCCGCCCACAAGUAACAAGGAUGCUUGAGCAGGGAGUCAUUCAUUUGUUCAUUGUGCCAACAAGUAUUGGCUGUUACUGAGAAGACAGUUUGCAACAAUGUACCCAUUGGUCCAUGUAUUCUGGAGAUGCUGCCUGACCUGCUGAGUUCCUCCAGCAGUUUGGUUUUUAUCCCCUUUGCCUUCUUAAUAUGCUUGUCUAGCCUCCCUUCAGUCUGAAGAAGGGUCUCGACCCAAAACGUCACCCAUUCCUCUCCAGAGCAGCUGCCUGUCCGGCUGAGUUUCUCCCAGCAUUUUGUGUCCAUCUCCCUGAGAAGGAUCCAUACAAAUCUCUUCAGCCCUGUUUUCAGUUGAAAAACAUGACACGGGUGUGGAUAUCCUCCAAACUUAUCUUAUCCAAGAAUCUUUGGCACUUAAGGUGUGCGUGUAUAUUACACUUACCAGAAAACAGUCUAAAGUAAAGGGCUGAUUUGCUUAACUAACAAUAGUCUUAAAUAUUACAUAAUAGUCUUACAGGAUUAAUUGGAGAGUAUACAUGUUUUAUCCUGAAUCAUUUCCGUUCACACAAUACUUAAAAUGAUGAGAAACUAUCUUUGGACCACAAAGUCACAAGGAUAGUUUGCAAUGUGUCAUAAAAUGGACCAUGCAAAUAUGUAUAAUUUGCAUGACUUCAAAUAACUUAGAACAAGUUUCAUAAGAACUUUUAGUUUACAGCAAAACAAGUCAAUCACUAUAGUUACCACCAGAAUCCAAUUAAAAUCCAUAGUUUUAAUUUCGUUAAAAAACCUGAUCGUUUAGGCAGGUGGGUUGAGGAUGGUUGAUGGAAUUUAAUAAAGAGAAUUGUUACGUGUUGCAUUUUGGGGGGCACUAACAUGGGCAAAACCUAUACAGUGAAUGGUAGGGCUCUGGGGAGUGUUGUAGAGCAGAGGGAUCUAGGAGUUCAGGUACAUAGUUCAUUGAAAGUGGCAUACAUGUUGGUAGGGUGGUCAAAUUGGCUUAUGGCACAUUGGCUUUCAUUAGUCAAAGCUUUGAGUGUAGAAGUUGGGAGGUCAUGUUGCGGUUGUUGGUGAGGCCGCAUUUAGAGGAUUGUGUUCAGUUUUGUGAACUACAUUAUAGGAAAGAUGUUGUCAAGCUGGAAAAGGUUGCAGAGAAAAUGUACAAAAAUGUUGCCGGGACACGAGGUUGAGCAGGCUAGGACUCUAUUCGUUGGAGCGCAGGAGGGUGAGGGGUGAUCUUAUAGAGGUGUAUAAAAUCAUGAGAUGAAUAGAUUGGGUAGACCCACAGAACCCCUUGCCCAGAGUAGGGGAAUCGAGAACCAGAGGACAUAAGUUUAAGGUGAGGGGGAAAGAUUUAAAAGAAACCUGAGGGGUAACUUUUACACGUAAAGGAUGGCAGGUGUAUGGAACAUGCUGCUGGAGGAGGUAGCUGAGGCCAGUACUAUCGCAAUGCUUAAGAAAUAUUUAGAAAGUUACAUAGAUGGGACAGGUUUAAAAGGAUAUGGACCAAAUGCAGGCGGGUUGGACUAGUGUAGAUGGGACAUGUUGGCAUGUGUGGGCAAGUUGGGCCGAAACGCCUGUUUCCAUGCUGGAAGACUGUGACUCUAACAACACAAUUAAUAAUUCUAGUAUUGACAUCAGUAUAGCCAACUUGGUUUGAGAACUGGAGGCACGAGAGAGUGCAGAUCCUGGAACAAAAAUCAAGCUGCUGGAGGAUUUUAGGUUUCAAGCAGCAUUUAGCCACGAGAGACUCUCCAUUUCCUUUGACAAAUGUUGCCUGACCUACUGAUUCCGUCCAGUGGCUCAUUUUUUAAAAUGUGAGAAUGGGCAGUUACAGGCGUCACUGGAUCAAUACUAUUUCAAAUAUGUAAGCAAUCCACACUAUAUUAUUGUUCGUGAUGCUCCUAAAAUAAAUCAAUGGCCACUUUCUGUCCACAAUUAGAAAGGACAUUUGUUCUUUAGAAGCUUCAAUUCUGUUAGGGCACAUCUUUCCUUGCAGUAGUUUGUAUUUGUGGUACUGAAGUAAGCUGCCCGCUUCUUUGGGCAAACUGUAGGACUUUAGCCAUUUGCCAACCUUACUGAGUAAUUUUAACCAGCAUUACAUAGUCAUUACAGUCGGUCAGUAACUAAUCCAACUGUAGUUUGGUAUUUUUCAUUAAUAUUUCUUAUGUGAAUUUUUUAUUGUAAAUUGAUGUGUCAAUUUUUUUGCAUGAUUUAAUAAAUAUAAAUGUUUGUUCUAAA